AUGGGUGGAGGCACUGAAUGGGACAGUCGAAUGAUGGACACCUUAAAGAAUUUCGACCUUAAUAGUCCUGCUGUUAAACAACAAUUUGAUCAAAUUGGGCUUUCUCCCGAAGAAGUCAUUUCAAAGAUUAUGGCCAAUCCUGAUUUUGCCAUGGCAUUUCAAAAUCCUAGAGUUCAAGAAGCUAUCAUGGAUGAGUAUCCUGAUUACGUACCAUACAUCACUCCGAUGUUCUUUUGUGAUGAUUGGCUCAACUUGUAUCUCGAUAACUUUAGAAUGAAUACUUAUUCCGACAAAGACCAGCAAAAUAAGGAAAUAUGUUGCUCUGACUAUCGUUUUGUUUACAUGGGAGUAAAAGGAUCUUGGACUCCUCUACAUGCUGAUCAAUCUCUUCAGAAACUUAGGUUGGAUUUGGGAAAUGGGAAAACUCUUGAUCUUGAACGGUGUUCCCGAUCGAAGCUUCGAAAACAAUGCAUAAAGUAUCUUGGACCUCAAGAGAGGGAGAACUAUGAAUAUGUUGUCUGCGAUGGAAAAAUUAUCAACAACCAAUCUGGAGAUUUUCUUCAUACCAAAAAGGAUUCUGAAGAUGCUAAGUGGAUAUUUGUAAUGAGCACCGAGAAGAAACUUUAUGCUGGAAAGAAAAAGAAGGGGUUGUUCCAUCAUUCUUCUUUUUUGGCUGGUGGAGCUACCUUGGCUGCUGGACGGCUCGAAGCCGAGGAUGGGGUUCUGAAGUCCAUCUCUGCAUAUAGUGGACACUAUCGGCCAACAGACGAAACACUCGACGCGUUCUUAUCAUAUCUCAGGGAAAAUGGUGUCAAUCUUGUUACCUUUCAUGAAUUUUGUGUAGAAUAUUGUUGUACCCCAAAAUUUGCCCUCCCAUUUCCUCAACAUUUUUUCAUCACAAAACCCUUGGAGUUCAAGAUUCAGUUAGGGUUUCCUCUGCUCAAGACUUCUCCUUGCACUGUUGACCCAAAUUAG